AUGCAUAAACAACGAUUAAUUAUUUUUUGUGUUCUUAAGAUCAUUAUAUAUUAAAAUUUGAGGAUGUUUCAACUUAAUCAAAGUCAUAUUAAGUACCACAAUCAAUUUGGUGCCACUUCUGCAGUGUAUUUCUCAUCGCAACAAACUCAGAGAGACAAACCUUCAUAGACAAGAGACGGGUCUGAAAUCAAAUAGUUGAUUUAAUAUCCAGCUUCUCAAAUAGUUUAUGGUCCAUCAAUGAAAUUCAAUUCGCCAGUGCAUAGCAACAUAGCCUUUCGCAAAACAUCAAAAGAGUUAAAUAUUACAAUAGAGGAUUCUACGAUGUGCCAAUAAUUACGCUAACCAUCUCCAACUGUCAAAAAACAAAGAGAACAGAUGGAAAAGGAUUGGAAUAAAUUGAUUGACAAAUCUAAGAGUCUCUAAGAUAAUUUAGUAUUGCUAAAAAAUAAUAUCAGUAUGAAUCUUAACAAAAAGUAAUCAGAUCAACGUUAAACCAAAGAAUCAACAUCUACAGCUGCUGGUUUAUCAUCAAGGAUGAAAUUGCAGAAAGUAAAUGUCUCCUGUAAAUUAAACUCUCCAUUUAAGGUUCAACCGAAAAUAGCAGCAUGUAAGAGUUUAAGUCACAAUGCAUUUGGCAAUCUUAAAUUUACUGCAAGUGCUGGUAAAAACCCAACUGUGUUAAACACUACAAGUGCUAUUAAUUAUGUCAAUAAGAACAACAAUUACGUUAAGAAGUUAUUGGAUGAGCAUCAAACUCAAAAAGUGAUUACCUAAAAUCUAAUGCCAAAAUAAACUAAUCCCCUUUAUAUUUAAAUAGAAAAUAAGUUGAAAUUAAAAAUAGGGGCAUUCUUGGGAAGGGGUAAAUUUAGUGAUGUUCAUAUGGCUAUUGACAAUAGGACUGGACUUGUUUUUGCAUUAAAAAUUAUCAAAAAGUAAACUGUUAUUGAGCAUUAAAUGCAAGAAUAAUUAGCAAGAGAAAUAGUGAUAUAAUCCAAAUUAUCCCAUCCAAACAUAGUCAAAAUGUUUGGGCAUUGUUACGAUCAAUAAUAUAUAUACAUGAUGUUAGAGUUCUGCAAUAAUGGAGAGUUAUUUCAGCAUCAAUAUAAGUAGCCUAAUAAAAGACUCAGUGAAAAGGAGGCUAGCAAUUUAAUAAUGCAAAUUCUCUCUGCCAUUCAAUAUAUGCAUAAGUAAGGAUUUAUGCAUAGGGAUUUAAAAACGGAAAACAUUUUAUUAUCUCUUAAUUACAUUAAAUUAUGCGAUUUUGGUUGUGUUAGAGAAAUACCUAAAUUCGAAGACAGAAGGAAUACCUUUUGUGGCACUGUAGACUAUAUUGCACCAGAAGUAAUCAAGGAUGAAGGUUAUGAUGAAAGAUGCGAUGCUUGGCAAAUUGCUAUUUUGGCUUAUGAGCUUGUGGCUGGAAAUACUCCAUUUUCAGAAUUUCCAAGAGAUGAUGAAGCCAUUAUGGAAAACAUUUUAAAGAAUAAAUUUGAUCUUCCUAAUUUCUUCUCAUCUGCUUUGAAGGAUUUUGUUAAGAGAGGGUUACAACAAAGUCCAGAUUAGAGAAUAUCUAUUGAUUAAAUGCUGUUACAUAAGUGGAUUAUUGAUAAUAACAAGGCUACAGAUAGAGAAUAUGCAUUUUGA